AUGAAAAACGCUUCUUUAAUUUUGGUUAUCUGCAUAUUGUUAUGCUCUGCUCAAGCACUUCUUCCUAAGAAUUAUUUGAAAGGAGAGUCUGAUAUAGCUUAAUGCUUUGGAGAUAUUGAAAAAUCUGUUGGAGACUUGAAACAAAUUGCUGACGAACUUAAAAAGUUAGAAUUUAAGAAGGCACUUUAAGAGCUUGGUGAUCUUAUGAAAGUUUUAGAUAAGGUUAUUGAGAAAUGCGCUGAUGCCACUUGCUGGAUGAAGGCAUAACAAAGAUGCGAAAAUGAAACUGAAGGAGCUUGUGAAGAAUCAGGUUUAAUCUGGUACCCUAAGUGCAAAAAAGGAUACCAUGCUGAUGGAUGUUGUGUUUGUGUCUAAGAUUGCCCCUCAGGUUUUGCUGAUUAAGGAUUUGAAUGUGCUAAGCCUUCUGCUUAUGGCAGAGGAGCAGGAUAUCCUUGGGAAUUUGGUGAUGACCUCUCACUCAAUGAAGCCAUGAAAAGAUGUGAACAUGACAAUCCAUAACUUGGCUGCGAAUAAUGGGGACUUGUUAUUUACCCAAAAUGCUAACCUAACUUCCAUAACUUCGAUUGUUGUAUUUGCUCUCCAAACUGCCCUGCUGGUAUGACCGAUAUUGGAGUCUCUUGCCAAAAAGAGACUUAUGGAAGAGGUGUAGGUUUUGUUGAUGGAAAAUGCAUUGAAGAAAAUUGGAACAAUUUUACUCCAAUUGAAAAGUUUGGAAAGUGUGUUUAAUAAGCAGAAUAAAUUGUUAAGGAUAUUGAAGAUUUAGUUAAAUCUGUUGAAGACAAAUCAGAUAUGUGGAAUACACUUAAAUUAGCUUAUGUUUUACUUUAACAUACUAAUCCUUUCUUGGAACACUGUGUUGAUCCCUUAGUACCAAAAACCAGUUCAAAUUGA